CUGUUUCAUAUGGUUUCCUUUCCGCUGUCUCAGACGCGGUGCUUUAAACCAGUUAUGCUAAAGGACAAUUGUAUCGUUCUAUUAAAUGUAAUUUGUUCACUGGAGGCGUCGCUUUAUUGAGGAAUCACGCAAUCAUCUUUAUCGUGUCAUGAUGUGGUUUCCGGUGUUUUUGCGUUCUCGUCUGGGAGCAGUUUAACUAGAAGUCCCGGCUUUUUUGGCCUAGCUGAUGAUUAGAAAAACAACUCUAAGCAAACCGCAGCGUGAGGUAGAUAUACCCAGGCAUCACAAAAUCAUUGGAGAGACUACUAAAACUACUGAAAAGAUUGCAUCUCGUUAAAAUGAAUCAUUUAUUGUGUAAAAGUACCUUUGGAUCUCUCUUACCAUCAUGGAAGUUAAGAGUUUUGAGUUGUUAUAAAUGUUUUUGUUCAUCUCAGUUACAAACUGAAGCAAGAGAAACAGAUACAAAUCAGAGACGAAUGAACCCUCUCAAUAUACAGAUGCUUUCCAAAGGACUUCAUGAGCAGAUAUUUAAGGGUGAACAAAUACAGUACUCUGAUGAAGACGUUCAGAAGAGCAUAAAACACUUAAAACAUCAUGAACUUUGGGGCCAAGAAACCUCUACCAUCCCUGAUGUAGAGUUACAACUUCCAAAGAUGUAUGGAAGCAGCAUUGAGGAGCACUUUCAGAUUAUAGCUCAGAAACAAACAUUUCCGUACUUAGAGGCAGCUAAUGACCUUCUACAAUGUCAGCUUCCAGAAAUGCCACAAGAAUGGGCUUGGCAAACUGGAUGGACAAAAUAUAUAACUGGAGGAGGAAAAGAGAUGGUGGACUUUCCAGAUGAAAGGGCUUUGGUCUUUGAUGUGGAAGUGUGUAUGUCUGAGGGUCAGUGUCCAACACUGGCAGUAGCAGUAUCCCCUCACUGUUGGUACUCAUGGUGCAGCAGAAGGUUAAUAGAAGACCGAUACACCUGGUCUAGUCAGCUCUCUUUAUCUGAUCUUAUACCACUGGAGACUUCAGUGAAUUCUAACUGUAUUAACAAACGUGAUUGGACAGAGAGGCUUGUGGUGGGGCACAAUGUCAGCUUUGAUAGAGCAUAUGUUAAAGAACAGUAUCUCAUCAAAGGCUCCAAAAUGCGUUUUAUAGACACAAUGAGCAUGCACAUGGCUAUAUCAGGCUUAACAGGAUUCCAGCGUACUCUUUGGAUGGCCAGUAAGCAUGGUAAAAAGAGAGGCCUGCAGGAGGUCCAGCAACACAUUAAGAAAACCCGCAGUAAGACUGAUGGACCAGCAAUCAGUACAUGGGAUUGGGUGAACAUCAGCAGCAUUAAUAACCUGGCAGAUGUGCACGCGCUCUAUGUGGGAGGUUCACCUCUUGAAAAGGAAGCUAGAGAGCUUUUUGUUAAGGGGAGCAUUAAAGACAUCAGAAUUGCAUUUCAGGAAAUGAUGAAAUACUGUGCCCUUGAUGUCCAAGCAACACAUGAAGUGUUUCAGGGACAGUUUCCACUCUUUAUUGAAAGAUGUCCUCAUCCAGUCACCUUGGCAGGAAUGUUAGAAAUGGGAGUUUCUUAUUUACCUGUUAAUCAUAACUGGGGGAGGUACCUUGAUGAAGCACAGAGCACCUAUGAGGAUCUCCAAAAGGAAAUGAAAAAGUCCCUCAUGAACCUAGCUAAUGAUGCCUGCCAGCUUUUGUAUGAAGAUAGGUACAAGGAGGAUCCAUGGCUUUGGGAUUUAGAGUGGGAUAUCCAAGAAUUCAAGCAGAAAAAAAUAAAACAAAAUAAAAAGCACAAAGAUACAGAAGAAACGACAGAAACUCUGGCAAAUGCAGCACAUGCAGAUUUGAAUGAAGAUCCUGGUCCUCCUACGGAAGAAGAAGAAUCCAUACCUCCAACAAGUAAAGUUUACUUGGAGAAUCUAAAAGAAAAGACCAUGUCUUUAUUACCCAAAAGAAACCAGCACCUGCCAGGCCACCCUGAGUGGUACCGUAAACUCUGCCUUAAAUUAGAAGAUCCUGACUGGGUGCCCGGUCCUAGUCUUAUUAGCCUUCAGAUGAGGCUAACACCAAAACUAAUGAGAUUGACAUGGGAUGGUUUUCCGCUGCAUUACUCGGAAAAGUAUGGCUGGGGGUAUCUUGUUCCAGGAAGGAAAGACAACAUAUUGUCUUCUGAAGGGGAAGAAACUAUAUGUUGUCCAUACAGAGCCAUUGAGUUGAUUCAUAUGGAACACAAUAAAAAGAAGGAAAAAGGACAGCUUGUAUCACAAGAUGCUUCACUGAAAGAGGACUUUAUGCUAACAGAGGACAGCACGAUCUGGCAAAAGGUAGAAGAAUUAAGUAGAACUGAAAUCGAUCUUGGUUCUGAUGGACCAGCCAGUGCGACAGCUAAAAAACCCAAAUCAAAUAAAUUGGAGCGCCCUGCUGAACUAGAGUUUGAAAACUCACAAGCUCAUCACUAUGGAAACGGUCCUUGCAGUGACGUGAAUGUCUCAGGCUGCUGGUUCUAUAGGUUGCCACAUAAAGAUGGCAAUGCUAACAAUGUUGGAAGCCCGUUUGCAAAAGAUUUUCUCCCAAAGAUGGAAGAUUGUACGUUACAGGCUAGUACAGGGGACACCAGUGCAACACGGGCUUUGGAAAUAAACAAAAUGGUUUCAUUUUGGAGAAAUGCCCACAAACGGAUCAGUUCCCAAAAGGUGGUAUGGCUAAAAAAGAGUGAGCUCCCUCGUAUAGUCACCAGGAACCCUGAAUACGAUGAAGAAAAAAUGUAUGGUGCAAUCCUUCCUUUGGUAGUGUCUGCAGGAACCAUAACUCGCAGAGCUGUAGAACCAACAUGGUUAACCGCGAGUAAUGCACGAGCAGAUCGUGUGGGCAGUGAAUUAAAGGCCAUGGUACAAGUUCCCCCUGGAUAUCACAUAAUAGGAGCGGAUGUAGAUUCUCAGGAGCUCUGGAUAGCAGCAAUUCUUGGGGAGGCUCACUUUGCUGGAAUUCAUGGUUGUACAGCAUUUGGAUGGAUGACAUUGCAAGGUAAAAAAAGCAGUGGAACAGACCUUCAUAGUAAGACUGCAUCAACUGUGGGGAUAAGCCGGGAGCAUGCUAAAGUGUUUAACUAUGGUCGUAUUUAUGGAGCAGGACAACCCUUUGCUGAACGUCUGUUAAUGCAGUUUAAUCAUCGUCUUACUCAAAACCAAGCAGCUGAAAAAGCAAAGCAAAUGUAUGCAGUGACCAAGGGACUCAGGAGGUACAUCUUGUCUGAGGAAGCAGAAUGGCUGGUGAAAGAAUUGGGAAUUUCACUAGAGAGAGGGGAGAAAAACUCUGUGAGCCUACAGGAUGUACGAAAAAUUCAGAGAGAGGCAUCUGCAAAGUCGAGAAGGAAAUGGAAUUUGGUGAGUCAUAGACUGUGGACUGGAGGAACAGAAUCUGAGAUGUUCAAUAAAUUAGAGAGUAUCGCCAUGAAUCCCUCACCACGAACACCUGUGUUAGGGUGUUGUAUAAGCAGGGCUUUGGAGCCAGCAGCUGUAAAAGGAGAGUUUAUAACCAGCAGAGUGAACUGGGUUGUACAAAGUUCGGCUGUGGACUACCUGCACCUGAUGUUAGUCUCUAUGAAGUGGCUAUUUGAGGAGUAUGACAUAGAAGGGAGGUUCUGCAUCAGUAUACAUGAUGAGGUGCGUUACCUGGUCCAAAGUGAAGACAGAUACCGUGCUGCUUUGGCUCUGCAGAUCACAAACCUCCUAACAAGGUGUAUGUUCGCCUACAAACUUGGGAUGCAGGACUUACCCCAGUCAGUGGCAUUUUUUAGUUCAGUAGAUAUUGAUGAAUGUUUAAGAAAAGAGGUGGCUAUGGACUGCACAACUCCAUCCAACCCUACUGGUCUUGAGAAAAGAUAUGGCAUUCCUCAAGGUGAAGCAUUGGAUAUCUAUCAAUUAAUUAAAAAAACAAAAGGCAUAUUAUUAAAAGUGAGAUAAAACUAUUCCUUCAUGGCUGCUGAUGCUGUCGCUGUCUGACUCCUGUGGAGCUCAAUUGUAAUUAUUUAAUUUUUAUUUUAUUUUCUUAAUGGAAUUUGUUGUUUUUAUCAAUGUUUUUCAAUCUUAUUUGAUUUAGUACUUCAUAAGAAAAGUUAUGGUCAAAAUAUCUGCUAAGAGAUUGUCAGAAACACAAAAAUGUAUCAAUAAAGAUUAAAAGAUGAAAUUGCUGAAAAUAA